AUGACGUCAUCGUAUUGCAUGCUGUCGAAUAAAAAUGUGGAAGAGCCGUUCUGUUCGAGCGAAGCGGUGCUACAGACGGGAAUCGAGAAUGCGGGAGAGAAUUCGACGGACGGCCAAAUGUUUUGGACAACGCAGUUGCUGUUGUCGCUGGAGGAUACGGCUUGUUUUAUGACACAAGUAAGCAAGGUCUUGGAAGUUUAUAGAGACUUAUUUUGUCAGCUACAGUGAAGCCUCUGAAUGACAAAUUCCCAUACAACAAAACCCUGUCCAUAACCAACAAAUUCUGUUAUCCCAAGAGCUACUUUUAAGCAAAAAUUAAUCCCCAUACAGCAAACUCCCUUUAUAACAAAAAUUUUUUUAUCGUUGCAAUUCAUUGUAAAGAGAUUUUACUUUAUAUAAUUAUAUAGUAUGUAUGUAAACUGAUUUAAAUUCUUCAGGAAGGCCCAGGAAGACAGAACAAACAUGUCAUCAAAUUUUUGAGUGUAAGACAUCAGUAUGGAAUUGUAAGCACAUACGAAUUUGGCAUCCCAAUUAUUCGGCAAUCUUGCUUAUGCGACUGCAACGACAGUGAAGAGAUCUGCAAAGUCGAGGAUUAUCAAUAUCGGUGAGCAAAUUUUUUUAUUUUUUUGGUAACGCUGUUAUUAUUUUCUUUGAAUUUCAAGCUCGUGUAAAGCGAUGUAUAACCUCUUAGAGAUCAGAGGCCUCUUUGAAGUAGCCUAUCAUAACAUCUCCUCUUCAGAAACUGCACAAGUUCCAACGUCUGUUACCGAACUCUCCGGCCUUACCAAUCCAAUUCCGGCUGUGUUUCCUCCGGCCCUUCUUCUCUAUGCUGUGAAAUUCAAAUGGAACCUUACGAGGACUGGAGAUUCCAAGCAGUCCAGCUGAAACAACCGAACACGGUAUACGUCGUCCAGUACAAAGUCUUCUCAAAAAGAGAGCGACAAGUCGACUUGAUCUACAACAAGGUUUUCAAUUUCACAAUGAACACAGGGCUGAGCUCGGCGACAAUUAAAUUGAGGGAUGAGGAGACAAUUGGGCUGGAAUUGCAAUCAAAUCGACCGCAUCGACAACUCGAGCCGGGCAUGUAUUUCUGGCAAAAGGGUCAGGAAAAGAGUGAGGUCAGAGGGAAUGUGAGGAUAAAUGAGCCAAGUGAGAAUAGCCUGGAGAAGUUGGGAUGGUUCAGAUAUGAAAAGGGAUCGUGGAGGGUGAGAAGAGGCCUGGAGAAAGUGACGAAAGCACAGGUAAGAAUACGAUUUGAUUUGAGGGAUCUCGAACUGACCACGGUCGCUAGUCUACAGUCAAAGUCAAGCUCAUCAAUUUUGAUAAAACCUGGGGCCUGUUUCACUAACACAAAGUAAAGUAAAUAGAAUUAUGAGUUAGCGAACAAAAGGAAAUCCAUGCGAAACAGGAGAGACGGCAGAAAAAUGAGGACUGGCCCAUUUCUUGAUCGCAGUGACUUUUUACGUCCAAAAUCGCGGGUUGGCGGUAUUAUUUGGGUCAUAACGUUCUUCUAUAUGGGUUUACAAGCACCGUCCAAGGAUCAGAAUAAUGCUGAGGGUCUGGGCUGUAUAAGUAUGUGAAAUUUGAGGUUCUAACGCCAACGUUGAAAUUAUGAUGAGGCCUGGAAUAAAUUGUUUCGCUUUUUAAGCCUGUGCGACCUCCCUACUUUCCGAUUUGCAAAGACAACUUGUCAUUUUGGUACGGUAGAACAUACUUCUACAAAAAUUAUCAUUUUUCCACGUGAAAUGGGUAGGGCAAAAAUGAUUUUCUUUUUGCUCGCUCUCCGACUCUACAUAUUGGCAAACAUUGACGAAUUGGCUGAUCUUUUUUCCUUUUUUUCUGAACGAACGAAAGCUUUUAGGCUAUUUUCAAGGCCACAUUUUGCAAAGCUAAGGCGAAAUUUUCUUCUGACUUUGAUUUUUGGGCCAGCACACAUUUUGAAAAAAAGUGUAACACUUCUUAUAUUAUACUAUACUCGUCUUAUAAGACCUACACAAUAAAAGACUUAUUUUCAGCAUGUUCACGUUGAAAAUUGCAAGGCUCAACGGUAUCUAAGCUCCUUCGACGCUGAGCAAUUUGUCCUGCAAGUUGGAGAUGACAAGAAGUUGAAUUACGAUCUUGGCAACAAUACAAAAGAUGUGGAGCCAUGGGUAAAGGACAUCAAAAUUCACGAUCGUCUGCUGGAGGUUGUGCAUUCCGAAGGAAAUGCGUUGGGGGUAAGCGACGAGAGAUUCUGCAGCUAUAAUAAUAUAUAAUCAAAUAUAAGGAGAGCUUUGCAGAUAUUCGUCAAAACAACAGUAAAGCCAAGUGUGUUUCGGCACAAUUCCCAACUUGGCGACUUCAGCGGGACCAUUCAUUUGGACAGUUCGUCCAAUUGCUAUAUGAAUCUGACGUUUAAGGUGGGUACUUGGCAAGGAAAGUUUUCAGGGAUGCUUGAUCUCUUUCAGUCCUCUGUUAGCGGAGACUGGAGAGAUUUUACGGCCAGAAGAGGCCAAUUUUCAGUCUGUCAGGAAAAUAGCUAGCGCAAUAUCGCCGCGCCAAGGCGUCGCUGAAUUGAAAAGCUACAGUGAGGGACCUGAUCCAAUGGCAAAAAAAUGUACCAUUUUGUAUCCGGGAGGUAUCAAAAAAUGUAGCAAAAUGUCUCCCUUUCCAACUAAAAAACUACGUUUUGAAGGGCGCGCCCUUUUUCCUCGCAAAAAGAGCAGGCGCGGUUUUGAAAUCUGAGUUUUUUCACUUGGAGAGGGAGGUGGUAUUUUGCUGCAUUUUUUUAUACUUCCCGGAUGCAAAAUGGUACGUUUUCUGCCACUGGAUCAGGCCCGCCGCUGUAUAUUUUUUCGCGAUAUGAAUCAUUUUCUAGGUGGUGAAUCGAUUUUUGAUGCGACAAAGCGCUCAAUAUUUUCCCGACAGACUGAUAUUUGACGCCUUUGCAAUUCCUAAAAAACCCUUUAAACUUCAAUGCGUAGAUUUUUUUGCUGAUUUACAUUGCUUUUAUAGUCCUAGGUAUAGAAUAUUACAUCUUGGCUACGUCAACAUGACGCGCGGUCUAGAAAGUUUAAACAAUUUUUUUAUCCAUUUUGACCGACUUUGCAAAAAAAAAAACAAAGCAAAUUUUGAUGACAAUUCAGCCUUUGCAGCCCGGAAAAUAUCUUGCACAUAAAAAUUGUAAAAAUUUCAUCCUAUUUGCACCUCUGCAACAUAAAAAUAUAUAUAUUUUUUUUUCCAACUCCGAUCUCAAAAAUCCAAUCUUAAAAUCCUCGAAUUUCCAGGACGUCCGAGGCUCUCUCCCCGGUGUAAUUUACUCCGCCGAAUCCCGCGACUUUGCCGAGUUAUUCUUCCACGUUCAUGUUGGCGAUCAAUUCCAAGAGCUGUUCCGUUCGGUCGUUUCCCUGCCGGCUUCGGUCGAUUCCCGGCGAGAGGUCUGCAUUCAUCCCUACGGCGAUCCCUUGGGACAGGAGUGCCGUUGGCUGGAGUUCGUCUCGCAGCCGCUGCAACAACCACAAAUUCGUUCGCAAUGGACGUUGGGGCAUUCGGAAUGCGAGGGCUGUAAUGAGCGGGGAUUGGAGGGAUUCAUGGUGAAUUUGAAUCCCGUUCGAUGGUUUAACGGGUUGAAUACGAAGAUGGAAGUGACCGCAUUUGCAUUCGAGACGGGAGUUAUGAUCGGCGUUGCGCUAUUGUUAAUAAUUUUGUGUCUAAAGUGCAUCGUCCCACUCUGUUGUUGUCUGAAGUGGACGUUCAAGCCAGUUACGUAUCGGGGAAAGGCCAAGGAAAAGAAAAUCGUCUUUGAAAAGUUUUAA